AUGAUUGAAAGUCUAGAAAAUAUUAUAUCACGUUUAUUUAAACUCAUAUUAACAUUAAUCAAUCCUGAUCUUGUACGAGUCAAUUGUUCAUCUCAAGGAUUUCCAGAUCUUUUAGAUCAACCUUCAGCUUCAUUAUUUUUAAAUGAUAUUGGAUAUGGUUAUGUAAUAUCUAUUGUAUUGUCAUGCAUCUUUACAACAAUUGUUAUUAUUAUUGCUGGAACACAAAUGUUUCACAUUUUUAAAUAUGUAUCAUAUGAAAGUCGUCAGGGUCAGCUUGUAUUUUUAACAUCAUUAUUACCGGUUACAUGUCUUUGUUUAUUAACAGGAAUGUUAUCACCAAGAUCCGCUACUGUAAUGUCAUCAUUAGGAUUAUUAUAUUUUUUACUUUGUUUAUUUAUGUUAACAGCAUUAAUAAGACAAUUAGCGGGUCCAAGAAAUCAUUUAAUAGAACAAUUAAAUAAAAAAAAAACACAUAUACAUUUAAAUAACCCACCAUUUUGUUGUUUGUUUCCAUGCUUUUUAAAACCAACAUUACCAUCAGAAAAAAAAAUCAAAAUUUUAGAAAUUAUGGUUUUACAAGCACCCAUUGUUCGUGGAGUUAUAUUUUUUAUACAAAUUGUUCUAUUAGCAGAAUUAAGAGGUGAUGCAAAUAAAUGGAUAAAAUUAGGAGAUAUUAUCACAUUAUUUUCAUUAUUAUCUGCUAUAUUUGGUAUUCAUACAUUAGCUCGUCUUGUCAAAGAACAACUAACAGAAUAUGGUUUUAUUAUCAUAUUUAGGAUUGUUGAUAUAUCAUUAUUAUUUUUUACAGCACAACAACCAUUAAUAUUUGAUAAUAUUCUUAUGAGAACAGGAAUAUUUCAAUGUAGUGUAUUAAUAAGCCCAAAAGACUCAGCUAAAUUUGUUUGUAAUUUAAUUACAAUUAUUGAAUUAACAAUUAUGUCAAUAAUUUCUCUAGCAUUAAUAUCUCCUAACCGCAAUGCAUUAUUUGAUAGGUAUCGCAAACAAGAGUUAUACCUAGAAAGUACUGACACAGAAGAAACAAUAAUUUCAAUUGAUCUUGAUCAUACUCAACUUAUUGAUGAAAAUUCAUAA